UUUCAAAGAUUGGUAAAGUCAGAAGAAAUAGAGUUACAAAGAAGUGAUCACCGCACACAAAAAAGUGAAAUACUUCCAAACUGUGAAAAAUGGUUUACAUUGGUUCUUUCUACUAUAAGUGUGAGUCUGAUGAGCUUGGGACACGGUGCUUCUGAAAUUUGGACAUCACCUGCAUUACCUUAUCUCAAAAGCAACGAAUCCGAAAUAAUAGUAUCAGCUGGUCAAGGUCCCUGGAUCACUUCACUACACAAUGUUGGUGGAGUGAUUGGACACCUAUUAUAUCCUCUUCUGGUGGACAGGAUAGGAAGAAAAUACACAUUGUUGACAUUCCUCAUUCCACAAAUCACAACAUGGUUUCUGAUUUAUUUUGCUAACAAUGUACAAACUCUCUAUGUAGCAAGAACCUUAGGUGGAAUCGGCUACAGUACAGCUUUUGUUAUACAAGGAAUUUAUCUAGGUGAAAUUGCCGAAAAAAAAGUUAGAGGAACGAUGGUACUCAUUGCUAAAAUAUUUUACUCCAUCGGAACGCUAACCGUCGUAACAGCUGGAGCUUUUGCUUCCUAUGAUACCUUAAAUUUGAUAUUGCUCUUAACUUCACUCCUAUCUUUCACUAUAGUUUUUAUACCAGAAUCCCCAUACUAUUAUCUGAAAAAGAAUCGAGAUCAGGAUGCAAUGAAGAGUUUAUCCAAGCUAAGAGGAACAAAUGAUGUUGAGGAAAUAAGACAGGAAAUGUACAGAAUAAAAGAAAAUAUAAUUGAGGGUCAAAUUCAUGAGCAGUGGUCGCUAAGAAAGCUAUUUCAAACAAAACGUAAUCGAAAAGCUUUCCUGAUUGUUUUCAUUGCAAAUGUUACUCUACCAUUUUCUGGGCUUUAUGCUAUUGCAUCUUAUAGUCAAGAAAUUUUCACUCAUAGUGGCAUCUUAUUAGAUCCAAAAUACGCAGUAGUAGUAUUGUCAACUGUAACAUUUAUUUUUAUUAUAAUCACAACACCUUUUGCGGAUUAUUUUGGCAGAAGGAUAUUAUCUUUAUAUUCAGGAAUAAUCAGCGGUUCAAGUUUGGCAGUUAUAGGUCUUUUUUUCUUUUUCAAACAUCAUCCGGAAAUCGCUGAUCUUUCUUCAGUUUCUUGGAUGGUUUUGGUGGCUAUGAUCAUUUUUGAAGUUGCAUUUGCAACAGGAUUAAUUUCGACGGCAGUAAUUCUUGCUUCGGAAUUAUUUCCACUUGAGGUUAAAAGUUCAGCUUUGGCCUUGUUACAUUUAAUAUUAGACCUACUUUUUUUUCUUGUUAAAUUAGGAUUUGAGUGGUCUGUUAAAACAAUGGGUAUUUAUAAUCUCUUUUGGACCUAUGCAACUUGUUGCUUCAUUUUACCUUUUCUUAAUUUUUACAUCAUGCCCGAAACUAAAGGAAAAACUUUGGAGGAAAUCCAAAAGUUACUGGAUUAAGAUAUUUGUUGUGACAAAAAACAUACCUCUAAGAAGAACAUUUUCCCUACGAUUUUAAGAACUGAAAUAAUAUUUUCAGGUUUGACCGAUUUUAUAAAAAAAUGGGCAGUCUGACCCUGGUCUUUCAAGUCAAAAUAUGAGUAUUUCUUGUUUUUUUACUAAAAAAAAUUGUAUGAUCUGAGAGCUUCUUGAAUAUUUAGGUAAAUUUU